AUGGCUAAUCAAAUUAGCUUAUCUUCUGAAUCCUCCAGUGGUGAAAAUGACGAUACAAACUAUUCGGCGAAGCUACUUGAUCUAGAAGCUCUUAACUGUCCUAUUUGCCGUGACCCGUUGACUACUAGUAUUUACCAGUGUGACAGUGGACAUAUAGCUUGCUCUAUAUGCUGUGAAGAACUGGGGAACAUAUGCCCUUAUUGUGAUUUUCCCAUUGGUCAAAUUCAUUGCAGCGCAAUGGAGAGGGUUCUUCAAUCAGUCCUUGUCCCAUGUCCAAACGCCAAACUCGGCUGCACCAAGAGUUUCUCUUAUGGGACAGAGUUAACUCAUAAGAGAGAAUGUAUUUUCUCUCGAUGCUACUGCCCUGCAGAGAAUUGUGAUUACUCUGGCUCUUAUAAGGAUCUAUACUCUCACUUUGGUAUUCACAAGGGCAGAGGAAGAUACAACUACCUGUUUCUUUUUGACCAACCUGCGGAAAUAUACUUUGAACUGUCUGAGUAUACGUCAGUUGUUAUGAAGGAAAACAAGAAUGGUCUAUUGUUUGUUGUGCACUGUUUCAGAGAGCCACAUGGUAUUUAUGUGACUGUGAAUUUUAUUGCACCUUCUGCUGUGGAAGUGGGUGAUUUCUCCUGUCACAUCUCCUCCCUUGUGAAAAAUUAUUAUAUGGUGUUUGUAUUGCCGAAGAUCAAGGGGAUUCGGAAAAUGAGUUUUGAAACUCCUAAAGAGGAUUUCAUGUUGGUUCCUUCCUAUUUCUUGCGUGGAAGUCAAGCGUUGAAGUUGAAGAUGCUUGUCAAGAAGUUGAACCAAGGGUAA